UGCUGAAUGUCUACAUUUUGAAAUUUUAAAGCUAAAAUUCAGUUCAAGAAUACUGUCUUUAGUCUACCAAAAGGGCUGAAAACAUUUAUUUUUAUAACUGUGUGAAUAUUUAGUAGAUUUGAAAGGGGAGUAAAGAAAAAAACAACCAAACCACUGAUUGUUUGUUUAACAGAUUGUAAACCAUGGCUGUGUGGAUACAAGCUCAGCAGCUCCAAGGAGAAGCCCUUCAUCAGAUGCAGGCGUUAUAUGGCCAACAUUUCCCCAUUGAGGUGCGGCAUUAUUUAUCCCAGUGGAUUGAAAGCCAAGCUUGGGACUCAAUAGAUCUUGAUAAUCCACAGGAGAACAUUAAGGCCACCCAGCUCCUGGAGGGCCUGGUGCAAGAGCUGCAGAAGAAGGCGGAGCACCAGGUGGGGGAAGAUGGGUUUUUACUGAAGAUCAAGCUGGGGCACUACGCCACGCAGCUCCAGAGCACAUACAACCGCUGCCCCAUGGAGCUGGUCCGCUGCAUCCGCCACAUCUUGUACAACGAACAGAGGCUAGUCCGAGAGGCCAACAAUGGCAGCUCUCCGGCUGGAAGUCUCGCUGACGCCAUGUCCCAGAAACACCUUCAGAUCAACCAGACAUUUGAGGAGCUGCGACUGGUCACGCAGGACACAGAGAACGAGCUGAAGAAGCUGCAGCAGACGCAGGAGUACUUCAUCAUCCAGUACCAGGAGAGCCUGAGGAUCCAGGCUCAGUUUGCCCAGCUGGCCCAGCUGAGCCCCCAGGAGCGGCUGAGCCGGGAGACGGCCCUGCAGCAGAAGCAGGUGUCCCUGGAGGCCUGGCUGCAGCGCGAGGCGCAGACGCUGCAGCAGUACCGCGUGGAGCUGGCCGAGAAGCACCAGAAGACCCUGCAGCUGCUGCGGAAGCAGCAGACCAUCAUUCUGGACGACGAGCUGAUCCAGUGGAAGCGGCGGCAGCAGCUGGCCGGCAACGGCGGGCCCCCCGAGGGCAGCCUGGACGUGCUGCAGUCCUGGUGUGAGAAGCUGGCCGAGAUCAUCUGGCAGAACCGGCAGCAGAUCCGCAGGGCCGAGCACCUCUGCCAGCAGCUGCCCAUCCCCGGGCCAGUGGAGGAGAUGUUGGCCGAGGUCAAUGCCACCAUCACAGACAUCAUCUCAGCCCUGGUGACCAGCACGUUCAUCAUCGAGAAGCAGCCGCCUCAGGUCCUGAAGACCCAGACCAAGUUCGCAGCCACCGUGCGCCUGCUGGUGGGCGGGAAGCUGAAUGUGCACAUGAACCCCCCCCAGGUGAAGGCCACCAUCAUCAGCGAGCAGCAGGCCAAGUCCCUGCUCAAGAACGAGAACACCCGCAACGAUUACAGCGGGGAGAUACUGAACAACUGCUGUGUCAUGGAGUAUCACCAAGCCAUGGGCACCCUCAGCGCCCACUUCAGGAACAUGUCCCUGAAACGAAUUAAGAGGUCUGACCGUCGUGGGGCAGAGUCGGUGACAGAAGAAAAAUUUACAAUCCUGUUCGAAUCACAGUUCAGUGUUGGUGGAAAUGAACUUGUUUUUCAAGUCAAGACCCUGUCCCUGCCAGUGGUGGUGAUCGUGCACGGCAGCCAGGACAACAACGCGACAGCCACCGUUCUCUGGGACAAUGCUUUCGCAGAGCCUGGCAGGGUGCCAUUUGCCGUGCCCGACAAAGUGCUGUGGCCGCAGCUGUGCGAGGCACUCAACAUGAAAUUCAAGGCGGAAGUGCAGAGCAACCGGGGCCUGACCAAGGAGAACCUCGUGUUCCUGGCGCAGAAACUGUUCAACAACAGCAGCAGCCACCUCGAGGACUACAGCAACAUGUCCGUGUCCUGGUCCCAGUUCAACAGGGAGAAUUUACCAGGACGGAAUUACACUUUCUGGCAGUGGUUUGACGGUGUGAUGGAAGUGUUAAAAAAACAUCUCAAGCCUCAUUGGAACGAUGGGGCCAUUCUAGGGUUCGUGAACAAGCAACAGGCCCACGACCUGCUCAUUAACAAGCCAGAUGGGACCUUCCUGCUGAGAUUCAGUGAUUCAGAAAUUGGUGGCAUCACCAUCGCGUGGAAGUUUGAUUCUCAGGAGAGGAUGUUUUGGAAUCUGAUGCCUUUCACCACCAGAGACUUCUCGAUCCGGUCCCUGGCCGACCGCUUGGGGGACUUGAAUUACCUUAUCUACGUGUUUCCUGAUCGGCCCAAAGAUGAAGUGUACUCCAAAUACUACACGCCUGUGUCCUGCGAGCCUGCCACUGCUAAAGCAGUUGACGGAUACGUGAAGCCACAGAUCAAGCAAGUGGUCCCUGAGUUUGUGAACGUGUCUGCGGACGCCGGGGCCAGCACCACCUACAUGGACCAGGCACCCUCCCCGUCUGUGUGCCCCCAGCCUCACUAUAACAUGUACCCACCGAACCCUGACUCAGUCCUGGAGACCGAUGGGGACUUCGAUCUGGAAGACACGAUGGACGUGGCGCGGCGCGUAGAGGAGCUGCUCGGCCGCCCGAUGGACAGUCAGUGGAUCCCCCACGCGCAGUCCUGACCCCUCGGCCUCGCCGUCUUCAGUUCUUGUCCUCGCCAGAGGAGUCACUCUUGUGGAUGUUCUAAUUCCAUGAAUCGCUUCUCUUUGGAAACAAUACUCAUAAUGUGAAGUGUUAUUACUAGUUGUGACUUUAGUGUUUCUGUGCAUGGUGGCACCAGUGAAGGGAGCGUGAGUGUGUGCGUGUGUGCAUGUGUGUGUGUUUGCACGUCGUGUUCCUCUCUCUUGCUGUCCUAAGUUUAGCAGGGGCCACGAACCGAGGCUGUGCUGAUUUUUACCUUGUGCAUAAAGGCAGUUAGUUCCGUGAACCCUGGAACUUGGCCAGGUGUCUUAGGGGUGGCUGAACUUUGAUAUGUGACUGUUCAAGUAAAAGAAGGACAAAGGGAGGAGAGAGCCCCCCUCCCUAGUGAGUCUUUGUCACCCUGUCUGCCAAGCAUGUGAUACAUAACCGUGAUCGUCUCUGCUUUUCUUCUGAAAUGUAGCUAACUGCCUUUUGACCAAGAAAGCCGGUCCUCCUUCCAUCCCUCCCUGCUGCCCCUCUGCUCUUGGACAGGGAGGGGAAGAGGGGCAGCUUACAAAGGUUGCUGGGGCAAGGGAAGUCACAAGUUUCCAGAUGGGUGAUGGCUUUUUAUGUUAUCAUUCAACCCAUCUUAACAUUCUCUCUUGGUCCUCCCUUCCCCUCCUCCCCCUGCCCCUGGAAUUGCCACUUUGCUCCUAUACAGACACGUUUGGCAAAAUAAAGGAAGGAAAAGAGGGUCACAUACCUGAGAGCUUACAGUGUUGAUGUGCUUUGUGUUUGGCCAGAGUGGAGUGCCCAGCCCUGACUUGCCGGCACCAAGCUUGUCGCCUCGUUGCCCUGGAGAGCUGGGCGCCCUCUGAGCCAGCACAACCCGGGGCUUUCUCCAGGCUUAUUGAUAAUGGCUUUUUGCAAAUGUUAAAUGAUGUUUUUGUUUCAAAAUUGGAUCUUUUUUGUUUUCCCAUUCCCACACCAAUUUGGCAUCAAAAUUCUCUCUUCCUGCAUCCAUGCAGGGUCGUUCAUACCCAGGUCCCCUCAUUUCCCUUUACUGUCCACGGGCGUCUCGAGGAGCAGGUGGCAGGAACAGGGGCCUGUGGUCUGAACAGGGGCCCGGCUGGUCCCGCAGGAGCUCGCCCUCCUGGCGGGUGCUGGGUGUCAGGCCUCGGGAACACGGGGAAGCAGUCAGCGGGUUUGGCGGGGAGCUGACGAACUAUAAAGACAAAACAACAAGCCUAAGUGUCAUUUUGUUCCACAAUUUCUUCUGUAGCUUUACACCAGAAGGAAGGAAUGGGCUUUCUCCGGUGGGUGGGGGUAGGGGUGAGCAGGUGUAGCUUACAGACAAGGCCUAUAAGGCCACCUCUGGUCCCCCUCUCCAAAAGAAGGGCAUGACCACACCCAGGAGAGGAUGGCCCAAAAAACCUUAUUUUUAUACAUGUGAGUAAAUAGAUAUUUUUUUUACAAAAAUAACUUCUGAAUCUAUCAGUGUUUUGCUGUUAAAUGAAAAUAUUCCUCUGUAGUAAAUUAUUUAUUGGAAGAUGACUUUUUAAAAGCUGCUGUUUGCCUUGGCUUGGUUUCAUACACUGAUUUAUUUUUCUAUGCCAGGCAGUAGAACCUCUCUGCCUCUGAGGAGCAGGCUGAGCCUUCCAUGGAUACCAGCACUGAUGAAGGAGGCUGCUAAGCCCCCCGCCCCCAGAUUUGAUGAAAAUUCCUCCCAAGGGACAGGCACUUUAGGGAAGGGCACUAAGGGAAGCCUGGCUACUUGGGGACCCAGGCUCAAAGAGCGCUCCCUGCUGGUCGUUCAGAGAUGCUUCACCAGCACCCGCCUCUGAGGUCACCCCCUUUGUUCCAGCAACCCUGGGGCGGAGAGGAGAGGAGGUUGGCACAAUUUCGUGUUGGGAUGGACCCAGCCCGGGGCCUGCUAAGGGCAGAGCAGUCUGGCCGUCCCUGGCCGCCCAGAGCUCGCAUCACAGUUGGCACCGGGUUGGGAAGGAAGAGGGCUGAAGUGUGGCCUCCCUGAGCGUGGGCUCCCCCUGCUGGUUCAGUGGCUAAGCUGCCCUCGGCGCUACUGAGACUGCGCCAAGAGAUGGGGGAGAUUGGCGACUGAAAGGUGCGCUCGCUGUCUGCGUUCUGUUUUCUCUCUUCUCCCUGUUCCCGAAAACCACAAGAAGGGGCCAUGGCGAGUCUAGACCCGCUCAGCCUCUCACCUGCUCCCAGACACACACGCGCGCCCUCAGACGUUUCAGCUCCGUGUGUGGUAUGCGCAGGGUUUUGUAGGGGGUGGGGGGAGACUAAAAGCAAAUAUAACUUAAAAUGAAAGUAUACUUUUUAUAAUUUUUCUUUUUAAAACUUUGUGAAAUUAUUUCAGAUACAUAUUUUAGUGUCGAGGCAGAUUAGUUAUAUAGCCACCCAAAAAGUAUUAUGUACAAUUUGGGGCAGUCACAAAAUUGUGUAUUUUAUGUUACAAUAAAGGCUUCCUCUGAAGGGA